GCCCACGCUCUUUUUGGACCUCUACGAAAGCUGUUGCAGUACGCGCCCCGCUGCCGCCCGAUUUGCACGUCAUCACCGCCGUCGAAUUCUAGCCAAAAACCUGCAAAUUGGCAAGAGUCCGACGCUUUACCGCGCGCAUCUCUCACCAUGGCCGACGCUCAAGUCUUCGAAGAGACGUUCAAUAUUACCUCGAUCAACAAUGAAAAGUACGACCGCGUAUCGCGCAUCUACGGUACCUCGACCGACAACCAAAUUACCAUGACUCUCGACAUCAACCACGAGCUAUUCCCUGUAUCGACGGGCGCCUCACUCAACUUGGUGCUGGCUACAACGUUGGCGCUGGACGGUAGCGCAAAAGGCGAAAACGACACCAUGUGGAGGAAUGUGGGCAAGCAGGGUGUCACGACACUAGCGGAUAUGUACGACUACGUUUGCUACGGCAAGAACUACCGUAUGGAAGGCGGCGAUGGUGACACCAUAAAAUACUAUGCUAGUUUCGGCGGCCUGUUGCUGUACAUGGAGGGCCCGCACCGGAAGCUCAGCGGGCUGAAGAUUGACGACAUUUACAUGUUGAUCAAGCAUGCGUAGUUCCAAGCUUGUCGCACACAACUGGAAGAAGCAAGCAAGCAUAAUCGGGCGUUAAGGAAGCAUAUGUGGUGGUAUUGGUAUCAUCUGGUCUAAAAGUUGGGCACGGCGUCUGGAUACCCAAAGGAGUUCUUAGCUCCACCCAGAUCUAGUUUAUAGUGUAGGAAACUCUAGCUUCCUGUGCAAUCGGCUCACUAUUUCGAUAUAGUCCCGUUCGUUCUCUGUCGUCAGGAUGCCGUGUCGGACAAGGAAGUCCAGCACGACCAGCGCGCAGUUCGGCUUGAACUCUCCCUUCCUCAUAGCCUCCUGCACCUCCUCGACAGACCACAAGUAGAACUCGUCGACCUCGUCGUCGCCGGGCUUUGGGAUAGUGCCUUCUGGAAGUUCGAGAUCGUAAAUAUAUUGAACCUCUGGCUGCAUCAAGUUGGUCUCUCCACCCGCCCUCUCAUCGCGAAUGUACCAGUACGUGACUGUGCCACAUGCCUUUGCGUUCGGCCUUACCAGCUCCUCCGGUAGCGAAGCCUCUUCCCCACACUCUCUUACUAGGCUCUCGAAAGGGGAUUCGCCCGACGCAAUACCACCAGCUACAGCAUUGUCCAGCAUGCCCCCAUAUGUCUGCUUUGUCUUGGCGCGUCUCGGUGUCCAGACCUUGAGUUCCCCAUUCUUUCUUGUAAAAGCCGUCAAGUGCACGCCAUAGGUGACGACACCAAACAGCGCACUGGCACUCCGCUCUACAUUGAAGAGCAGUUCCUUGUCCUUUCCAUAAACAGCAUAAAGCUCUGCGCGCCACUUGUCCAGCACCUUGAAGUGGCCCGUCUCCCGCAUAGCCAGCAGCGUCGUCUCUACCACCUUGGACCGUUCGUCUGCGUUGCUACCGCCUGUGAGGUAUAGAAUGCGUGCAUCAUCAUCUACCUCCCAGUUGGGUACGCCACGGAAGACCUCGACGACCGAGGGCAACAUGUAGCCCAGCGCAUAGUUGUGGCCUGAGACACGCAAUUGGUAGUAGGUGUUGAUGGAGGCGAGAUAGGAUUCCGAGUUGACGUCUGCGUACGGGAAGCUAUCGCAUUGAUUGACGAGGUCCAGAUUGGUGAGAGGCAUGUUUGAUGGAUUUGCAGGGCCGAUUGAGUU